AUGUUCAGCGACAUGCAAAAAUAUGGCGCGGCCUUCACGGCUGGAGGCAUCUUCUUCAUCUUUCUGGGAAUCAUGACCUUCUUCGAUUCCGCUCUUAUGGCGUUUGGAAACAUUCUCUUUCUGAUCGGAAUCACCCUGCUGAUCGGACCCCAGAAAACGCUGGCGUUCUUUGCGAGACGCCAGAAGCUGCGAGGAUCGAUAGCGUUUGGGCUGGGAAUUUUCCUCAUUCUCAUCAAACGGCCCUUCAUUGGCUUUGCUAUCGAGCUGGUGGGCAUUCUGGCGCUAUUUGGCGACUUUUUCGCCGUCAUUGUCGCGUUUCUACGGUCCAUGCCCGUCAUUGGGCCUAUUCUCCGCCACCCCGCCGUGGCUCCCGUCAUUGACCGACUUGCUGGAGUCCGAAUUCUCCCCGUCUAA